AUGUUAUUUAAUUUCUUGCGAAAAGCAGGACUAUGCAGUCGACUCAGAGGCUCCAAGAAAACAUCAACAUCAACAAGCACCACAUCGCCAAGUACGAUAUCAACAACUCCUACACCAGCUUAUGCGCCUCAUUCAGGUUCAUGCUGCUGCCCCACAGUGAAGACCAAAAUCUUACCACCACUGAAGCUCCAAAAUCUUCUUGUUGUGAUUGCCAAAGUUGUGGAGAUGUUGUGUAAUUUCUUGAAAAAAGCAGAUUCGUGCUGUUGCCCACAUUGUAAAGAUCAAGAUCUUAUCACCACUGAAGCUCCAAAAUCUUCUUGCUGUGAAUGCGAAAUGCAAGCUCAAGUUGAGCCGGAGACUACACAGAUACCAAUGCCAGCCGCUUGCUCUUGCCCACCAAUUGAAAAGCAAACAACAACUGAAGCUCCAACGAUUCAAUAUUCACCAUGCGAUUGCGGAAUGAGCAUUGAGUCUACACCAAUACCGACUGAGGCACCACAAGCAAGUAAAUCAUUGCUCUAG